UUUAUGUCUGUCUGGCAUGAAUGCGGGGGCCACUUCCGCAGCUAUGAGCAUGUCUGCUAUCUGACACGAGAACUUUUCUGCCGCUACAGGUGCCCCUUGAAGGUAAAUUUUUUCUCCGAGAAGCCUGGCAAAGGUUUGAUAGACGGCAUAUUCGCCAGGGUGCGGAAUUGGAUCAGCAGCUGUUUGUCCCACGGUGACAACCGGAUCAUCGCUUCGCUAAGCGACCUCGUUGCCGUCUGCCAGGAAGCCGCCCAGAACGAUCGCCAGCUUGAUCCUGAUGGGGCCAUCUGGCAUGUGGUGGAGUUCAAACAACCCAGCGAAGCCACAAAAGCAGUGGUCACUAUCGGAUCCAAGUUUCAAGAUGCAGAUGACAUACUGCUUGGAUGUUUUGCCGUAUGGCGGCAGCAACUGGGAAAAACCUGUGAUCAAGGACUG